AUGACGUCCAGCAGUAGGAGUAGCAGUCAGCAUCGUCCGCACCAGCCGCCUUCGUAUUGGGGUGCGGAACAACAACCCCUCACACUCCAGGCACCAUCAGCCUCUCGACCACAAUCCCGCAACAACUCUUCCCACUCUCUACAUGCAUCGUCCUCGUCGACAUCGCAUACCCGCUUAGGAUCAAGCGGUCUUCCUUCGGCAACGAGCUCCAGUGACGCCGACAAGAAGCAGUUUCCCGCCUCAUCCUCAGCUUCCGCAUCUCUUCAUUCUUCCAAUGAUCACGAGGAGCACGGCGACUUGCCAGGCCCCCUUCCCACCACGCACACUCUCCAGCCGCUCUCGUCUCGCCUCUCAAGAGCAGACUCGCGAUCCAAAGCGCAGCGAUCCGACGCCGUCAAUUCGCAGCAACCCAACACUGGCCGUCCACGUUCCGCAUCGAAUCGCUCUGUAUCUUAUCUAGAUGCCAUCAAGAAACCCUCCGACCUGCAUCGCGCUUCCUCGCGCGUAUCCUCCAUACACCGAUGUGAAGAUCCUCCGUUCCCAGCCUCCGCUCUUGGGCUGACGCUCACGAAGUCGGAAGAUCCAGACGCCAUCUACAUAGACUGGCCCGCGGAUGACCCCGAGAACCCUUUCAACUGGCCUACAUUACGCAAGUGGAUUCUCGUCUCGGUCUGCUUCCUCUUCACCGCCUGCACCGCUUUCAACGGUUGCGGUUACCCUUCUGCUUCGUAUCAGGCCUCGGUCGACUUGCAAACAACGCAACUGGUCUAUCUCGUAGGUAACGCAGUCUUUCUCUUUGCUGUGGCCAUCACGCCGCUCAUGCUGGCUCCUCUCAGUGAAGUUUACGGUCGAAGCCCUAUCUACCUCACUGCCGUCGGCUUCUUCACGGUGCUUUACAUCCCACAAGCCCUGGCCAAGAACAUCACCACCAUCAUUGUCGUCCGAUGGUUCCAGGGCAUGGCCGCGUCGGUCGGAAACUCCUUGGUCGCAGGUAGCGUCUCUGACCUGUUCCACGCCAACGAGCGCGGCUUUCCCAUGUCGCUCUACUCGAUCUCGGUCUACGUCGCGCAGGGAGUCUCGCCCUUCCUCUCGUCGAUGACAGUCAACCGUGCGAGCUGGCGCAUUAUGUUCUGGUGGCAGGGUGGUCUCGCUCUCCUCACCUACGCACUUAUGUACCUCGUGCUUAAAGAGACCCGUGGACCCGUCCUCCUCUCGCGACGUGCCAAGAAGCUCACUGCCGAGACGGGCCGCCUGCACAAGUGCCGCGCCGACGACGAACGCCAAUCCUUCCUCAUCAUGGUCCGCGUCUCGCUCUUCCGUCCCAUGCAAUACCUCGUCCUGGAGCCUGUGGUGCUCAGCUUCACGCUGUGGAUCGGCUUCCUCUGGGGCGUGCUGUUCAUUUCGCUCGAAGCGGUGCCAAUCGUUUUCUCCGGCUAUGGAUGGAAUUCCGAACAGCAACACAUGGCCCUGCUGACCAUCGCGGUCGGCGGUUUCAUUGGCUACUUUGCCAAUAUCCAUCAGGAGAAGCUGUACGCACGCAAGGCGAGAAAGUGCGGUGGAAAGCCACCUCCGGAGGCCAGGCUGUACUAUGCCGCUGCUGGUGGAAUUCUCGCCCCUAUCGGCCUGUUCAUUUUCGCCUGGACGGGCAGGCAGGGAAUUUCACCCGUCGCGCCGCUCAUCGGCCUCGUCGUCACUUUUGCCUCGCUUUUCCCCAUCUACCUAGCCCAAUCGUUCCUGCGUAACACGUUUGCGGCGUUCUUCCCGCUCUUCUCGCAGACCAUGUACGUGCAAUUGACGCCCAAGUACGCCUCGACGCUGCUGGCGUGCAUCGCGGCGUUGUUGGGCGUGGUGCCGUUCGUGCUGCUCAAGUACGGCCAUCGGAUCCGCAAGCAUAGUCGGGCGGCGAUGGCGUUGGAGAGGGAGGAGCAGGAGGCGGCCGAGUUCCUGGCACAUGAAGGUGAGAAGCAGAGGAGGAGCGAGGCGAGACGCGCAGCUCGCGCUGCGAGGAUCGCUGCUGCCAACGGACAGGGUGGACUGGUGGAUGAGGAGAAGAUCGUCGAUCGCGAGGAGAGGAAGGAGGACGGUGACACGAGUAGUGACGGAAGCGAUACCCCGGCCGUAGAGCCAAAGGGAAGAAGGGACUGCGACGACUGCAACAACUUCAAACGCAUGCCUCCCACCAGCAUCUUGUAG